AUGUUAAGAUUAUUUAAAAAGAUACAAAGAAAGAAAGGUUCUAAAAUAGAAGAUUACUACGAGCUUGGAAAUGAAAUUGGAAGAGGUGCAUUUUCAAUUGUUAGACAAGGUACACAUAAAGAGACUGGUGAUCAAGUGGCAAUCAAAGCUAUCUCCAAACAACAUGUAAACGAUGCAGACAUGAAGAGAUUCACUCGUGAGAUUGAAAUCAUGAAGAAAUUAAAACACAAGAACAUUAUACAACUCAUAGAGGUAUUCGAUUCACAUGAAGUAAGAGGUGGAGAACUUUUCGAUAAGAUUGUAGAGAAAGGACAGUAUUCAGAAAAGGAUGCAUGUAACCUGGUGAGACAGAUUGUUUCCGCCGUAGAGUACAUGCAUCAACAUGGUGUUUGUCAUCGUGACCUUAAACCAGAGAACCUACUAUGUUCAGCCGAUGACGAAGCCGAACAAUUUGUUAGAAUAGCAGAUUUUGGAUUAUCAAAGAUAUUUGAAGGUGGAGAAGAACUAAAGACAGCAUGUGGAACUCCAGAUUACGUUGCACCAGAGAUUCUAGAGUGUAAACCAUAUGAUACCUCUGUUGACAUGUGGAGUAUUGGUGUUAUAACAUAUAUAUUACUUUGUGGAUUUGCACCGUUUUAUGCGGAUACACACCACGAACUGUUUCAAAAGAUUUUAGAUUUAGAGUAUGAUUUUCCGGAACCAGAGUGGUCUGGCAUCACUGACCAUGCAAAAGAUUUCAUUUCACAACUGCUCGUUAUCAGUCCUACUGAGAGAUCGAGUGCAUCACAAUGUAUGAAACAUCCUUGGUUAGCUGAGAAUAAUGAUAAUUCCGAUAAAGAUAAACGUUUGGAUUUGGCAAUCAAUUCAAUGAAGGACUAUGUAAGAAAUAGAGAGUCUAAUUCAUCGGCAAAUUUAACAAGAAUGAGAGCAACCCAGUCAACACCAAAUCUACAUUCAACUCAUCCUCUAAUGAGUGUUCAUAGUGAUAAUAUAAUUGUAGAUAAUCUAUCAACUUUUAAUGAUGAAAAUACAAAUAAUAGUAAUAUAAAUAACAAUAUUGUAAAGGGUAAACAACAAUUAAAUAGUGGUAAUAGUUCAAUCAAUUUAAGUGGAUCAUCAACAUCUUCAUCAUCGUCGUCGUCGUCGUCAUCGAUAUCACCAUUGAAUUCACCAUACCAGAAUGCCAGUGGUGUUAUACUUCCAAUCACAACAACAUCUCAGAAGGAUAUCGCUUCAAAGAAUAUCUACAAGUGGAUGAUACCAACUUUAGAAUAUCUAUCUCUUGACAAUACCACUGUAAAUACUCAAAAUACUGGUGGUGGUGGUGGAACUAAUACGAACACUACCACUUCCAAUAGCAACAACAUUACAAAGAAAUUAAAUGCAAACAAUACAAAUAAUAAGAGGAUAAUAUUAAGCAAAAAGAGUAGUAAUAACAAUGUAAAUAGUAUAAAACAAUUAGAAUUACAAAAAGUAAUCGAUGGUACUGUAAUUACAAAUACAACUAUUGUUGGAAAUGAAAGUAAAGUACCAUUUGUACCAGUCAUUAGCAAUUAUAAUGAUAUUUCUUCAAAAAGUAAUAAUUGUGAUAUUAAUAAUAAUAGUAGUAGUAACACUAAAAGUAGUAUAAAUGUAAAAGAGAGGAAUGAGUGGAGUAGUAGUAUUAAAACACUAUGUGUUACAUUAGAUAGUAUCUAUGGUACUUUGGAGAAAGAUCCUUGUAUCGAUAAGUGUAAUAGUAUGAUUCAAACUCUGUCCACUGUAUUGAAUGACUUUAAAUCCUUGAAGAACACUCUCAUAAGUACGACAAUACCGACUACCCAAACACCAACUACUCCCACUAAUGAUCAAGUUGUAGUUUCUGUAUCCACUUUAACACUACCUUCCACCACAACCACCACCUCUAUUUCAUCAUCACCAUCAUCAACUCAAUCUAGUAAAGUUGAAGUCACAGAGAAUAAUGAUAAUAUUAGUAAUGGUGUUAGUAAUGCAAUGAAAUGGUCAGAUAGAUUAAGAAUUGCAAUGGAAACAAUGAGAGCAACCAAUAAUAAUAAUAGUAAUAGUAAUAGUACUGCAGUUGUAGAUGAAAAGAAACAAAAAGAAGAUGAUUUAAAUUGGGAGUUGAUUAGAUUUAAGAAAGCAAAGCAGUAUGAAGACAGACAACAAAAGGCAAAGGAAAAUAGAGAGGCUAUUUCAGUUGGUAGGAAAAGAUCUUACAAGCAUGAGGAUCGCGUGAAAGAGUUCAACAAGCGCAAUGAAGAACGUGUCAUGCAAGAGAGAAUCACCAUUGGCGAGAAACAAGAGCGUGCCGAUCAAUUACAUGGCGAACAUAUAACAAACAUUCAGCAGAAAGGGAUGUCCGAGGGUAAGAAGGCAGAGGAGAUCAAGUGGAUCUCUGAUCAGACUUCAAAGAAUCAGCAGUACAUCCGCCAGCGCAAGCUUGAGAAGCAGGCUGCUCGUCGUCAAAAGUUGGCACUGGCUAAAGGUCAAAAGAUGUCAUUGAUCGUUCAACGCGAAGAGUCUGCAUUGAAGCGACGUCGUGAGAUUGAAGAGUCACGUGCACAGAUCAUUCUUGGUGCCAUUAGCUCACCUCCUAUAUCUGAUGAUGCCAAGCGUAAGAUUCGAAGAUAUUGUCGCUACUGUAAUGUUCCUAUCACCUCGGACACUGCCCUGCAGUCGCACAUCAAUGAGCUUCAACAUCAAAACAAUUUGAAGCAUUUCAACAUGGAAAUGAAAAAGACUUCUUUGUCAGCAACACUCGAACGUUGUCCACCAACUUCAAGUACAUUCUCCAACACGCAUAACAAUGAUCGCGACCAUUCACAUCCCGACUGGGUAAUUACACUUCCAUUCGAGUCGUUCUCGACCAACCGAUUGGCACCACUAUCCAAGGAACUGCUACAAAAGAUACACGAAGAGGAACUAUCAAACAAAGCAAAGUUGUCUCCUACUAAGCAAACCCUCAAUAAGAUGGCCAACAAUAACAAGAAUAUCGACUAUCUAGAUAGCAUAGUGAUUCCCGAUGAUUAUUUCUUAAAGAGUACAUUUAUAAAGACGAUUGGCGAGAUUGAUAGCCAUCUCAAGAGUAAAGAUUACAAAAGUCUUCAGUUUAUCUUGAUGGACACAUCAGUUCUACUUGGUAAAUAUAGUUCACAAGAAGAUUAUCUUUAUUUUACAAAAUUAAAAGGAUUACAAUCACUAUCAAAGAUAUGUUUAGUGAAUAAUGAUCCUAAACCACCUUCGACUUUAAUAAAGAAUACAUUAGAAUUAAUAAUAAAGUUAUGUAGUGUUGGUUACAACAUUUGUUAUCUUUUAUCGCUCGGUACAUUGACACAGUUUCUAGAGUUGUUCAGUAUGAACAUUCUGUCAAAGCCCGAUAUUGUUGUUCCAUUUCUUCCGUCUCUCAUUUCAUUGAUCAAUAUGAUGUUUUCAAUCCAAUCUUUACAAUUCAUUCCAUUCUCCAUUAAAGAAUAUAAACUUUAUUUCAUUAUUUAUGUAUUAGAUUUAAUGAUAUUUGAAAAAUUGGAAUUGAAACUACCACAUCUACAGUUGGGUAUGUUGGAAGGUGGCGAAGCAUCGAUAUCUAUGGCAGAGGAGACCAUUCAAAUGUUGGUUAACUUUACAAAUUUUUUUGUGGAAUCUUCCAAAGGCUCAAUCGAGCCCACCUCUAUCAAUGGUAAUAACCCAUUGGAGUUGGUAAAGGAGUCUGCGCCAAUGAUGUCAGUCCUCAAACGAACCAAUGUAGUAGGUGUUCUAUCGCUACUUACUUUUAUUCUUUUACACAAUAAGAAGAAGCAAAUCAGUCACUUUGAAUUACCGAAAAUAUUAUAUCCAACCAUUCUACAGACACUCGAUCUUUUCAUCAAUAUUUCAAUGUUAGAUCUACCAUUCGUUCAGAUCAUAUGGAUAUUCUAUUCCCAACAUUAA